UUAUUGUUGAAGCCUUAGAACUGUCAUUGGAAGCUUUGGAGCCAUCGUUGGAAGCUUUGGAGCUGUUAUUGGAAGUUAUCAUUAGAUCUGUCAUUGAAGCUGUUAUUGGAGCUGUUGUUGAAGCCUUAGAUUAG